AUGGCACUGAUUCUCGCAACCGCUUUCAUCGCCAUCACAGCGCUCGCUCUCCCCAAUCCCACCAACUCCAUCCUACCACGCGACUUCCCUGAGCCUCUAGGACGCAACCAGGGGUCUCCUUUCACCGCCCUCACGUUCACAAUAUACGAAGAGCCGGACUGCAAAGGUAAACCCGCAGGUACCUACGCAGGCUCUUACGGCUUCUACGAAGCCCACCAAAUGCAAUCCUAUAGGCUCACCCGCACACUAACUAUUCACGAAGUGUUAGACUUCUACUCUGGCUCGGCGACAGAUCUGACAGUCAAUAAUACACACGAUCCCACCAAGAACGGACAUUAUACAGAGGCUUGCUGGCUGUAUGACGCAACGGCGGGGAUAAAUGCUACUGAAAAGGAUCAGGCUACUGAGGGGGGCGGGCACAAUGGGAAGACUGCAGGUAUGACACUGCUCCUCACGGCUGCCCUCAUCGCCGCCACCGCGCUCGCUCUCCCCACCACCAAUGACCUUCUACCGCGCGACUUCCCCCAACCCCUGGGCCUCGACCCCGGCCUCCUCUUCUCCCAGCUCACAUUCAUCACCUACGCCGAGCCGUCCUGCCAGGGCGACGGGCACGUCUUCACGGGCGCCUACGGCUACUACGACGCCUUCCAGAUGCGAUCCUACAGCCUCAGCCGCUCGCUCCUGGCCGACGAGGUCUUGGACUUUUACACCGGCUACGGGACCGGGUUGAAGGACCGGUAUUCGGUCGAUCACGCCAUGGAUGCCCAUUACACGGAGGCGUGUCUGCGGUACGAUGCAACGGCGGGCAUCAAUGCGACGACGCACGAUAGUGAGGGCCAUGGGAGGUGGAAUGGGUGCCAUACGCUCAAUAAUAACGAGUGGUGUGCGGUUGUGUGGCUGAAACCUGGUAAUUAG